AUGUCAAAAUAUAAUUUUCGAAACUAUUUUACCUUACUAAAGAAUCUAAACAAUUCUACUAAUACGCUUGCUAUAUGCAAUUGGUGUAUAGCUAAAAAUGGAAGUUUAGAAGCGACUAAGAUUAAAGCUGAGUGUUGUACUUCAAAUUGUGGACGAUUAUGUCAAAAUCAUUUAUCAAAAUGUACAAAUUUUCUUGAAGCUAACUCUGCUGAAGAAAUUGACCGAAUUUUAGCAUUACCAGUAUUUGAGAAUAAAAACAAAAAACAAGAUACAGAUGAUGAUGAUAAUAGUGACAUACCUGUACCAACUUUAAAACGUAAAAAAUCAUCUAAACUUCUAAAAUUUCACAAUCAG